GUUCUUUCUGAACGCUCCAGCAGUGAUGUAGACAACAGUUUUUCCAAGCCGCCUCCGUUUUUCCCUCCAGGAGCUCCGCCCACCCAUCUUCCUCCACCUCCAUUCCUUCCACCGCCUCCAUCAGUUAGUACUGCUCCUCCUCUAAUUCCUCCUCCAGGCACAGGUAUACCAAUAACUGUGCCACCGCCAGGCUUUCCUCCCCCACCUGGAGGACCACCACCUUCCCUUAUACCAACUAUAGAAAGUGGACAUUCUUCUGGUUACGACAGCCGCUCUGCUCGUGCAUUUCCUUAUGGUAGUGGUAAGUCUCUUCAGUUCACUGCUUGAAAAUGUCACUUGACCUGCUAUAUUUUCAUAUCUAAAAUUUCUUCUUGCCUACAGGAAAUGAUGAUAAUAACUAAUAUUAAUAUUGUUGGUUUCCUAAGUCUUCCUAUUACGGGUGACAUCUUCCAUUUGUCAAGCGUCCAUUGGCAGCCACCAGUCUCCUGCCAUAUUGUGAGGAGGGGGCGGGACGUAGGGAGAAUCACUUAACUGAAAAUAUAUGUAGUCCUUCCCUUGGCUUACAUCCAUUCUUGGGUUGUUGAGCAAAGCGGUAGUUAAGAUGCCAUGUGACGGCUGUUCUCAACAACAGCAAUCCCAGCGUUUCCGGUUGUGGUCAUUAAGCAAUCUGGGCAGGUCGUUCAAUCUCG